AUGCGAGAGUCCUCGAUGAUUAAAAAGUUCCGGCGCUCCACCAAAAGCGACAAACACGAGUCGAGCAAAUCGAGCCAGAUCUCAUCAAUACCUCCCAAAGAUGCAAUCGCCAUUGAGCCACCGAAAAAGGUGAUCAAGGCUCUCUACGACUACAAUGCGCCCGCCGACUCGACCAUGUACCUGUCCUUCUCCGCUGGCGACUUUCUGCACGUUUUGAGCCGCGAAAACGACCCGGACUGGUACGAAGCCUGUAAUCCCUUGCGCAACGAGCGCGGCUUGGUGCCCGUCAAGUACUUUGACACUGUGGGCAAGACGGUGCGCGACUCUGGCGAUUCGACUCAAUCGGUCCCCAGCACGACGCACGACAGUGGCUACGCCGAGGGCGCUACUCCCCCCGCCAACGGUCAGGCCGCGCCGAGGAUGAGCACAAGUACAGGACCAAGUAUGCAGGGACAUCGCCCGUCCAGGUCCCUUAGCAAGGUGCCUGGUGGCGUGUACGGCGUGGUCUCUUAUGACUUCCACGCCGAAAGGCCAGAUGAACUGGACGCAAAGGAGGGUGAGGCAAUCAUUGUGAUUGCACAGUCUAACCCGGAAUGGUUUGUUGCGAAGCCCAUCACCCGACUCGGAGGACCGGGAUUGAUUCCAGUGUCGUUUAUUGAAAUCAGAGACAUGACGACCGGACGAGCGGUGGAAGAUCCUGUGGCUGCGGUCGCCAAGGCCGGAAUCCCUAGAGUGGAAGAGUGGAAGAAGAUGGCGGCCGAAUAUAAGAACACAAGCAUCCCCCUGGGCACUGUUUCGACCAGCGGGACGCUCGAGCAGAACAUGGGCCGGCUGAGCAUGAGCAAUGGCCAGCAUGGAUACGCACCUACACAGCAGCGACAAACCAGUGGGUCUUACCAGACACAGCAGCAGCAGAAUUUGUUUGCUCCUGUGCGAGCGUCUGUGCCGCGAUUCAUCUUUGCGGAUGACAAGUUCCACUUUGUCGUGGAAUGCAGGCUCUCGAACGGCACUCACUGGGAUCUAUCACGGAUCUACGAAGACUUUUACGAAUUGCAGAUUAACUUGAUCAACGCAUUCCCGGACGAGGCUGGCCAGGUGGCCGGCAAACCGCGGAUACUACCAUAUAUGCCAGGUCCGGUCAAAUUUGUCACUGAUAGCAUCAGCGAGGGCAGAAGAGCCAACCUGGAUGAAUAUCUACGUGAUCUGCUGAAUUUGCAGCAGCACAUCACUUGCUCCUCACUCGUACGCAACUUCUUUGCACCGCGCGAUGGAGAUUAUGAAGUGGAGGAUGCGGAUCUCGCAGAUCACGCACGGCCGGCUGAAGCUACUCAACCUAGGCAUUCCCAGGCCUCCCAAGGCUCUUAUCAGAGCCAGCAAUACCAGCAGCCUGGUCAGCAACGUCAGCCUUCCAACCCGGGCCACCAAUACAGUCAAUCACAAAGCUUGAAUGGCCAAUAUGGCCAUCAACGAGCACAACACUCUCAAGCCAGCGCGAGCUUCCCGUCUCAUUCUCCUCCUGAAGUUGGUGGUAUGCCUGGGCCAACCAGACAGAUGACUGGAACACCCAUGGGAUCAAGUGGCAAUGCACCUGUUAAAGUCAAAGCGUGGUUCGAUCGAGACACUUGUGUUGUCAUUCGAAUGGCACCGCGAGGACAAUUUACUUAUGAAGAGCUUCAUCGAAAGAUCGUGGAGCGCCGAAAGCUGGAGUACAAAGGCCAGGACCAAAACGACGAGGAUCUCGAUAUAGAAUAUCGAGACGAGAAAGACGGAGAGUACUAUCGACUUGAAGGCGAUGAGGAUCUUGAUAUCGCUGUUGAGAGGAACGAAAAACUGACGCUUGCUGUAAGGGCAGCGGGGUCCUGA